CAUUAUUGCCUUCAGCUCGUGGAUCCAAGUGCUUUCGCCCAAGGUGUGGACGUGAGCGUUGCAUUCUGGCAGGAGAUUGUCGAUGCAAGCCACGUGUGCCCCAGUUCCAUUACCAGUAAUAUAUAUCAAACCCAAACACCGCCAACUCGUACAACAUACUUAUCGGGGACUCUUUCCCGUAACUGCUCCGCUAAACCCUAUGCCAACUCCAAUAUUGGCACAAUGGCAUGUAAUAGCGGGAUGGUCUCCGCCCCUUUUGGAUUCGUCCGAGGCAUCGACCCCCGCUAACGACUACUCAGUCCCAAGUGACCCGCAGUUUUUUUCACCCGUGGCAUUCUUUUUCUUCAAAAACAUACCGAGCUACUUGAUGAUCUUCUGCUUGCUACGGCAUGAUAUGCACUCGCGCUCAGCUAUGUCACCCCAUGCAUUUGCAAUGUCGUGGAUCGAAAUAACGCUCCGUUGGGGUCCCAGCAGGAACUGGUUUGGUAAUCUCCGGGUGCCAAGGAGGCGUCGAAGACGCGAUCAGCUCAGCCUUGGCUGGUCCCAUCUUGCGGGUCUAGUCGAGGUCGGGGCCAUAACGAACACAUCACUACAGAACAGCAUUCUCAGGGACGCAAACUCGGUAGUUGGAUAUGUCGAGGAUGCCGUUAGCAGGUUAUUCCAAGCAGCCCUCGUCCUUUCCACGCUUAUCGGUGGGUGACCGUAUACAAAAAAACGUCAUCCAGGACGUGCAGACGUUGCCACGGACUACGGCUCCAAUGCUCGCUUCGUGAAUCGAUGCUCCUAAGCGAGUCAGUGAUAGGCGGUGAAAUCGGAGAUUCGGUCGGAUAAGAUGAAAUGUAUUUGUGGGGGGAAUCUUGUGUAUAAGAAUUUGGGUCGCAGGUCCAUGCGCAAGUUACGAAGUCGCAAGUUUUGUGUAGCAUUCUCGAUGUUCAUAGCGCCUUCAUUCU